GCGAGUGUGUAUUGGUGUGUGUAAUUAAGAAGUCAAAUUCCAACAAAAAGCAAAAUCGAGUAGCACAAAAUAAUUGGAGAAAAAUUGUUUUAGCUGAAAAACGACUUUAAAUUAUAUUAAACCAAAUAUUUAAUGUUAUACAAGAUGGUCAAAUAUGUCAUGCGUAGCGGAAAAUGCUCAACAGAGGGCAUAAUAUGAAGAAAGCGACAUCGAUCUCGCGAAAAAACGAAAGAAACAAGAAACUGUCACUCGUCUAUUUCCACUGCUAAAAAGCAGAAAGCGGAAAGAAGAUAGGAAAAGGUAAAUAGAUUUGCUUCGAAAGGUUAAAAUAUAACACAAUAUGGGAUAUUUUGACUACGCCGCGUGUGCCUAAUCGAAACGGUAGGCACCGACGCCUCCGCCAACAGCUAACAACUCGGCAACAACAAAACCGUGCGUGGUUAUUUGAUGUGCUGCUGAAAUGCAUACGUAACCUUGCAAAUGCGUAGCACAGUAGCAUAUUUUGUCCAACAGCAAGGCACAACUGUUUCAUGUACAAAUUUGGAAUUAUUUCAGAAAAUCAUAUUGCGCAAACUGUAGGUAUACUCUCUAAAUUUUGAGAACUGCGUUUUGUACAAAAAAGUUAAUUGCAACCACAUUUAGAAAGUUAUUUAUCACAUAAUUAUUGAUUGAAGAACUAAACGGAGUAUACAAGGAUUGCAUGUCUAACGCUAGAAAUCGGGACCGUAUUGCCUAUCGUCCACAUAAUGUCCAACUCGUCAUCUAUUAAAGCAGAUCAAAGUGUUGCCAGUAAUAAUUCCAUACCAACACCGGCAAACAGUAAUAACUGCAACAGUAAUAGCAAUGCAGAACAGCCACAAACUAAACGUCAAAAGAUUGAAAAAAUCAAAACAAAUGCAGACAAGACUGCUAAGGUUGUUAAAUCGCCUUCAAGAGGUGGGGCGGCGACCUCAACGGUAUCGCCUCCGCCGGACAUUAUUCAUACUGGUGGAGUAAGCUUACUAUCUUCGAAUGUCAACGGAAAAUUAGUAGGCAAUAUUAAUCAGCAACAGUUACGCAGCUCUUCGCUUUCAUCUUCGGCCAAUUCAAUAUCCACACCGAGUUCUACAAAUAAUUCUCCAACUUCCACGCCAGGAGGUUCACGAGCCACAUCCUUGUCUCAUUUGCUGAAUGAUCAAGCCACGAAUGGUCAACUUUUGGCAGGUAUUGCGACCGUCAAAGGGUGCACAACUUCUAGCAAUACUUUUUUAAAACCCGAUAUAUCACCGCAAAACAUUAAUAGGAAAGCAAAAAGUAGUGGCCCUGAUUCAACAUUCAGCAACACUGACGAAGUUGAUCGAUUAACACUAAUGCCAGAUUUACUCUCUAACAUGGUAAGCACGUGCAAUGAAGACCCAAAAUCGUUAACCGAGCACACGACACAACCACAAGAUAGGCCGGCGGAGGCUGCACCGAUGCUGGCAGCAGCACAUUCUCAGGACAUGCGCGAGUUCGAGGCUUCACUCAAUAAUCAGUGCCUUUGCGGUGUUUCCGAGCGUACUCUACGCAAACCCUUCCAGUCGCAUUAUUCAAUUGACGCGAAUGGUCAAAAGCGAAUUGCAAAUCUAUCGGAGUGGCCAACGGAAAAACUUUUACAAUUUCUUUCCAAUUUGCAACUCCUAUUCGAUAUAUAUCUUAAGCAAAAUUCGAAGGGCUUCAUCUGUGCACGCAUAAUGGACGUGUGUGAUGUACUUAUACGCAACGAUCAUAAUCUCAUCGACGAAAUAAUUGUAUUGGCCGCUUACAGCAAUGAGUACGUACAGUUUUUGGCUGCAAGGGUGUUGGCUUCAUUUCUAGUGAUCGCUAAACAAGAGCUGGAUGAUAAUUGGCUUAAGAAACUGGUUGACAACCUCUUCAAUUUUGAACGACUCGACGGGCCUGCGGUGCAGAAAAUACAUUUCAGUUUGGAGAUAAUUAAAAGAAUAGUAGAGUGGAAAGAUGUUGAUUUGCAUCCUCUUGAGGACGAAAUUAUUGACCCACAAGGUGGUAAUAGUCUUGCUUCUGAUCGGUGUAGAAAUAGUACAUUCAGUAAUACCAGUGGCACUGGGGAAAGUGAGGCCCUAGAUACCGAGAGGUUUUUCCAUUUCCAACCGCAACAGCCAACAUUGGAAACGAACUAUUUUGCAUUGCAAUUUCGUGGUGCUCUUGAUGAAGCAAUUAAUAACGAAGAAGAGGAUGAUGAGCCAGAAAUCGAAGACGAAGAUGAUGAGUAUGAGGAUGACUUAGAUGAUGAUGUCUUAGAAGAGAGUAUGGUCCAAGCGCAUGCGCGAAGACACCAUCAACACAUAUCACAAAUGACAAUGCACCUGCACCGUCGUCAACAUUUUUCUCAUGACAAUACUAUGCAAAACAAUACGAAUUAUCUACCGACAAUUCCAUAUGAGACUGUCAACGCGACACUGCAUUACGUAAGUGAUAAUACGCAUUCCUUUAAUGAACAGUCGAUGCCCCGAAAUAGCUUAGCGGAUCACAAUUCUCGUGUGCCGCCGUUUGAUCCAAUCGCAACACACUUUUCGAAUACACCCAAUACAGCUGAGCUGAAUGUGGAUAUUAACGGCGAGCAACCGUUGUCCUCCGACCCAUUAGCUAGUUCGCUUUUGUCACCAGGUUGUCAUAUCAUAACACUCACAGACUCUGAGAGUUUUGACACCUCACAUCUAAAAGGUGUAACAAUAAAAAUACUCGAAGGUAAAUGGCCAACUCUAGUGAGGAAUAUGUCGGCUCUUAUCGUAAACCAUAUGCAUAUAGACCAUGCCGAACAUUGCAUUCUUAAUUUCCUACAAUUGUGGGAAAAUAUUAUAUCAGUGAAGGCGAAUCUUUCAGUGGUCGAAACGCGUCCGUUUUAUGCGCAACUGGAUAAGUUUGAACUACUUUUACAACAACAGCAGCUCUCAUGCACCGUGUACAAGCAACUUCUGUGCCUUUUUAACGAAGCUCUGUGUUACGGAUCAACGCUUGCAUUGCAGGAUAUGCUUCCAGUGGAGACGUGUCGUUUGGCACAAAAAAUCGUACGGCAUGUGAAAGAGGCACGCAUCCUAGACUCACUUCCCCGGCAUCAGCCAGAGAAUAUGGUCAGUUUUUUGGGUUUUAAGCAAGUUGCGGUUGCAUGUACGGACAAUGCCGCACAGGUUUCGUUGCUGGCACAAAUGCGUGUGUCAUCGACACAAACACAUGGUUCUACCUGUGCGACAGGUGCACUAACUUCUGCCGCAAGCCAGCACUCCUCGGCAAUUGCUACGAAUGACGUCACCGAAUCAAACUCUAACACCGUAGAAAUGGAUAAAACAAUCCUACAAAAAAUGGUGCUUCUUGUGCUCAAAUCUGUCGCUGUAACAGUUAAGGAAAUACGCAGCGAUUCAUCUGAUUCUUCCAUUGAUUCGCAUGACUGCGACGCCUAUCAGGAUAUGGUUCUGAUCGAGCGUUCCAUACGUGAUGUACUACGGAGGCUAGAGUCAUUUAUAAAGCACAAACUAGAAUUCCAUCCUGAGUGUCACUUUAGCAAAAUACUCAUACAUCUGUUCGAUGAUCAGGAUGAUCAUUUAAUCGAAGCAAUGGUCUGUACAUUAGACGUUACAGCUGGCAUAUCGUUCCGCAAUAACGCCUUUCCCGAGCUAGUGUCUAUGUUAAAUCCUGUAUACACAUUUUUAGAGUUCCUCAAAAUGAUUUCAAAUAGUUCAGACCUUUUACUCGACCUGCUUGUCAGUAAUGAGACAUGCUUCUUAUUAUAUCUCCUUCGUUUCUUAAAAUAUAUACGAGCGAAUUGGGAUAUGUUCUUACGAAGUUGCCACGAGUUUGGAAUGGGUGCACCAAUACUCGACGAAUCAAUGAGUGUUUUGAUAAGAUUGCGCCUGCACAUCUCACGGUUAGUAGCUCGGCAGUUAUAUCCCUACGAUAUUUCACCGGUGCUUCGGUUGCUAGAAAGUUGUGAAAGCCUCUAUGAGGGCAACGAUCGCAGCCUAACGUGAAAUGUUCCUUAGAACUAUCUUGAAAAAUUAAAAAAAAAGAUUAAAAAAUGUAAACAUAUGUAUUUGUUUAUUGGUUUUUAUUUUGUUUGUUUUCUUAUGGCGAUGAUACAAAUGGAA